AUGGGGAGGGUGCAUUAUUUGGCUAUGAAGACUGAUCCAGUUGCGGCCGCCGAGUUGAUGAACUCUGAUUUCAAUGAGCUUGAGAUUGCGGCCAAGAGAUUCAUUAGGGAUGCUACUAGGCUCGGUGGGAUCGGUCUUGGGACUAGUAUUCUCAAAUGGCUUGCUUCCUGUGCUGCCGUAUACUUGUUGGUAUUGGAUCGAACAAACUGGAGAACAAAUAUGCUCACUUCGCUCCUAAUCCCUUACAUUUUCUUUAGUCUUCCUUGGGGAAUCUUCAACUUACUGAGAGGCGAGGUUGGAAGCUGGAUCGCUUUUGUUGCAGUUGUAUUAAGGCUUUUCUUCCCAAGGCAAUUCCCAGAUUGGCUGGAGAUGCCUGGUUCUCUGAUCCUUCUUCUGGUUGUGGCUCCCAACUUCUUUGCAGAAACCUUGAAGGAAAGCUGGGUUGGUAUCCUGAUAUGUCUGCUCAUUGGAUGUUACCUGCUGCAAGAGCACAUCAGAUCAUCAGGUGGAUUCAGAAAUUCAUUCACGCAAAGCCAUGGAAUAUCAAACACUCUCGGUAUUAUCCUUCUCUUGGUCUAUCCUGUGUGGGCAUUGGUCAUCCAUUUCGUUUAAGCAUUUGUAGCAAAUAUUUUCUGCAAUCAAUAGUCUCUUUGAAGACAUUGGA